CACAAUGUGCUUUCUUUUUCGGACGGAAAAAGUUUAAGUCGCUACAGUUUCAUUUUUGUGGGCCUACAGCUCUCUGCAGGAGACCAAACAUGAAGCGACUGUUACCCCAGCAUGAAGAUGGUACAUGUACGAAGCUGAUAUCAGGGGAGGAGUGUGUCUUCAGGCAAGUAGAAGUAACUUGCUCUACAGGAAAUUCCUGUAGUCCUAACAGCAGCUGUGUAAGACAUAAACAUAGGACAGGAGUUGACAUCCAAACUCCAUACCCGUCUGAGCCUGCAUCGAACACAGCACAGUGCAAAGAAGCUGUUUGGGUGGACAACAACAGACAUCGGCUCAUUCAGAGUGACUGUUUGGUGAUGCCGAUCGCAGAUUGUUUGCUCCAGAAGGGCAUCAUCCAUAAGGAGAAGUACAACCAAAUAAAGGCCGAAAAGACCAGCCAAGAUCAGAUGAGGGAGGUCUACAGUGCCCUCACAUAUGCCAAAGCCAAAUAUGAAUUCUACAGAGUCCUCCAAGAAUUGGAGCCUCAGAUAAUUGAAAAUACACCGCUAGAGGAAUUCGACCUGAGGAAAUACCGGCCCCCUACCAAAGGUGUUUUUCGGCUCCUGCCAGCUGUCAGGAACUGCAGAAAAGUAAGAAUCUCAGGUGUUUAUUUCGAUUCGUGGACUGCUGAAACAUUAGCCUCAGCUUUAAAGAUGCGGAACUCUGUGCUGUCUGAACUGCAACUUACAAAUGGUGAUUUUUCUGAGCAAAGCAUAGACAUCUUGGCUGAUGCACUGAAUAAGGCAGAAUGUAAAUUGGAGGCUCUCAGUCUCUCAGGUAAUGGACUUGGGUAUCUGCUUGAAAAGGUGGUUCUCAUCGAUUCACCCAUACCUAAUUUGAAAGAUCUGGAAUUGAGUGAAGUAGGGGCAGGUUGGAUCCAAUAUGUAAUCGAUGAGGGGCUCAUCAACUCCAAGCUGGAGAGGCUCAGACUGAACCGAAAUCCUGGCAUCAGGCAAACCUGUCAAGUUCUUGCGACAGCCCUUUCAUCCAAGCUGUCCAAUCUGCGGGAGCUGGAUCUGAAUCAUACCAGUUUUGGAGAUUCGGAAAUGGAGUUCAUCUCAACUGCACUGAUGAGCAACCAAUGCACACUGGAGGCAUUAAGUCUCAGAAACAACAAACUAACCGGGAAAGGAUGUGAGACUCUUGCCUCAGCACUCAUCGUCAGAAAGAGGGCUCUAAGAGAGCUGGACCUUAGCUACAACGACCUGCAUGACUCAGGACUCAUUGCACUCUGUGAUGCACUCAGGAGCCCACACUGCAGCCUGAGAAGACUAAGGCUGUUGUUCUGUAAAGUGACGGUAGAUGGAUGUACCCCACUGGGAUCAGCUCUCCGGUCAGAGCACUGCAGCCUUCGGGAGCUGGACCUGAGCUUUAAUCACCUCACAGAUCUAGGAGUGAAGCUGCUGACUGAAGUACAGAGAGAUUCCCGCUGCAGUCUAGAGCAUCUUCUUGUGGAACAGAGUAAAGAAUGCUGGGUCAACCUGAAGCUACUGAGACAUCAUGCCUGUGAUCUGACGCUGGACCCCAACACAGCAGGAGCGUUUCUCACUUUGACACAAGAGAACAAAUUAGCAACAUGCAAUGAGAAGGAACAACAACAUCCUGACCACCCGGACAGAUUUGAAAAAUUUCAAGUGAUGUGUGAAGAAGGUCUGACAGGUUGCCAUUACUGGGAGGUUGAGUAUGUUUCAAAAGAUGUUGGAGUGGGAGUGGCCUAUAAAAGUAUGCCCCGAAGUGGAGACUGCACUCAGGACUUCAGUUUGGGAGGAAAUGAAAAAUCUUGGUGCUGGAAUACUAAUAACCAGUUUUGCCAUUACCGCUGCUGUCAAAGUUUUAAACAGUUGGAAUUCAAACUGACAGGAGUCUUAGGGGUGUAUCUCGACUGGCCAGCAGGGAUUUUGUCCUUCUUUGAAGUCUAUCCUGAUUCGAUCAUCCACUUGUACACCGAACAGACAACUUUUAGCGAACCACUGCACCCUGCUUUCAGUUUUCUGUCUGGUGGAUCAGUUCACCUGAAAACAAAAGAUAAGAGUGAAGUGAAAUAGAACACAUAAGAGACUGAAUGAAGCCUCACGAAAGGGAAUGAAAAAACUGAAAAUGAAGGAAAGAAUUUAGAUUUGUAGGGGUUGCAUUAAAAAGUGAUUAAAAAAGAAAUCCUGAAGAUAAUUCACUUUAAUAUUAUUCUUUUUUUCAGGCCUUUGUAAAUAUUGUCCAGCCACUGUGCAUGUUUUUCUUAUAUUUCAUUAACUAUAUACAUCAAACUGAUCUAGACUACUAUUAUGCAUAUGCUUUAAAGUUCCUUAUAAAAAUUAGCUUUUCAUAUUAUAUUUUAUUCUUUCACUACUGUAUAGCUUUAUCGCAUUUAUACUCUUUAUUUUUUUUAGAAAAGUCAGUCAAGUUGUUUUGGAAAAUUAGUUUUUAAUUUAUUCUUCUAUACUUUUUAUUAGUUGUUUUCUUAUCCAUUGACAGCACUGAUUGAAUAAUCUUUUCAUGUAUUAAUAUGAUAUAUAAUAUCGAUAUUCUGUUCUGUUUCUGUCUGCAAUCCAAGUGAAGAAAACCAUGACUUUUUUUCAGAAUUAAUAAGGUAACACUGGUUCCAGUUAUGAUGAUAAGAAAUGCAAAGUAAACCAGACGUUAGCCCAGGAUGGCCUACUUUGGUUGAACAAAAGAAACGAAACAAAGGUUAAUCACUCGGUCCUGCCAAGCGUUGAUUUUAUGACUCAUUAAAUGAGAUAAAAACAGCCUCUGACAGCCCCGCUGGAUAUGUGUUCUCUGAUGUAAAGGUGUGUUUCGAUGAGAUAGUAACUGAUUUUAUUGGCUGAUUGGAGUAUCAAUAUGGGACAUCUGAUACAAGAGCUCCAUCUGGAGAUUAUGAUUUCUAUCAGAAAAA